AUGGAUAUGAAUAAACCUGUUUUCAUUUCCGAGUUUCCUAGGGACUCGGUGGCUCAGUCCAGUAAGUUCACCCGCACGAGGUCCCUGGUCACCCGGACACUGCAGAAACAGCUACUGGGUACCUCGUCCCCUGCCGCAGUCUCCACGAACCUGGGCUUUGUUCACUUCUUCAUCCAGAGCAUGAUUCUAGGAACCCCCGAGCAGCUGUCAGCGUGGAAGUUCUCCCUUUCCUUGUUCCGGCAGCAGCAGCACUCGGAGACGCUGGUCAAGCUCCACGAGGAGAUCGAGCACCUGAAGCGGGAGAACAAAGAUCUCCACUACAAGCUGAUAAUGAAUCAGAAGCCACAGAAGAAAGGCAGCAUCUCCACCGGGAGCUUCCAGUCCGUCAAGUCUGUCUCCACCACGACAGUGUCAGCCAUCUCCCAAGGGCGGGCCAGGGCCCAGCCCAACUUCAAGAAGCAGGACUCGAGGGCGGACUUGCCCCAGAAGCCGGACCUGGAGGAGGAGCUCGGCGCCGCCCCGCCUCAGAACGGCAAGCUGGACCGAGCCCCAGGGACGCAGGGCCAGGCCAAGGAAGAGGAGGCCGAGGCCCACCCUGGGGCUGCCCUGGUGGGGGGCGGCCAGCACAAGGGCCGGCAGGUGGGGGUGAGCCUGCCCCUGCACCUGCGCAAGCCCGCCACGCUGCAGCAGUGCGAGGUCAUCAUCCGGCAGCUGUGGAACGCCAACCUCCUGCAGGCCCAGGAGCUGCAGCACCUCAAGUCCCUCCUGGAAGAAAACCAGAGGCUCAAGGCCACCCCCGAGGCGGGACUUAGCUCGCCCAAGGACCGGGAGCCCACGCAGUUCCCCAAGGUCUCCACCAAGGGCCUCUCUAAGAAAUGCCUGGUCCUGAGCCCGCCCCCGGCGGAGCGUGCGGUCCUGCCCGCGCUGAAGCAGACCCUCAGGAGCAGCUUCGCCGAGCGGCAGGAGCGGCCUUUUUCGGCGGCGGGUCCGGGGUGGCCGGUGGCCACUGGAGGGCCUCGCCUCUCCACCUAG